AUGAGCAAGAUGGACAAGGGAAAAGCACCUGCACCGCCAAGUAGCAAUUGGGCUAAAUUACAGAAGACGCUACCAGCUCCUUCGACAUCAAAGACAAGUAAACAAAAGAAGAGUGAAGCUCGUCGAGCUUUCAUGGCUCAGGAGAAACAAACAAAUAAGUAUGGGGUGAAUGGAGUCUCGAGGUAUAUCGGUCACGCAGACUUCACGAGGAACGGACAAUCAUCGUCGAGCGCUGUAGCUGGACCAUCUAAGAUCACUAUACCUGCUCCAUCCAAGGCUAAAGAGGAUGUCGUCCUCUUACCUUUCCCCACCGAUUCGCCGUUGGUAGAAGAGUUGAGGGUUAUGGUGUCAGGCAAGGGAGUUCUGAACGAAUCUAAGAAAGCUAUAGCAAUAGAUUGCGAGAUGGUAGGAACCGGACCUAAUGGUUCGGAAUCAUGUUUAGCCAGAGUAUCGAUCGUCAAUUUUCAUGGUCAUAUACUGCUCGAUACGUUCGUCCAGCCUCGGGAGAAAGUUACCGAUUGGCGUACUUGGAUAUCAGGAGUGAGGGAGUCGGAUAUGAUCGGUGCACCGUCUUUCGAAGAGGUUCAGAAGAAAGUGGCAGAGUUGUGCGAGGGAAGGAUAGUAGUGGGACAUGCGGUUGAUAAUGACUUGAAGAUCCUCUUACUGAGUCAUCCCAGUCCGUUGAUCAGGGAUACUCAGAGAUGUAAGAUGUUGAGGGAAAAAGCCAAAUCGAAGCAUCCAGGAUUAAAGAAAUUGUCAGAGAUGGAAUUGGGUAUAAGGAUUCAGCAAGGAUCGCAUAGUUCGGUCACAGACGCAAGAGCAACUAUGGGAUUAUAUCGCCUACACAAAGUAGAAUGGGAGAAACAACUAUAUCACACCACUGAGGCAUACCGAGCUAAAAUUGGGAAGAGCAAGAAACCCGAUACCGGAGAUAAGAAGAGGAAACGGGACGAUGAUGACGACGGCGAAGGAGAAGAAGAGGUGGAAGUACAGGAAGGAGGCAAGAAGGGCAGGAAAGAGCACUUUCCCGGAGGUGGCAGGAAGGGUAUAAGUAGUGGAUUGGGUCUGAUAGUCAAGAAGAACGGUAAAAGGGUUGAUAGCGGGGGUGGAUUCAGGGAAGAAAAGAGAAAUCAAGCUUCUACUUUGUCUAGUGCAGGUGGGAAUUGGUGGGAAUCGGUUGAUGAGUGA